CAUACAUCCGAUAUUUAACGUUGGCAUGCAUUCUUUUUUCUCAGCUCGGUUGUUUCCCACCUGUUUCAUGGAUAUUUCUAGAAACACUUUCAUUUAAGCACAUUGUUUUCUUGACCUUAAUUGCAGUUUCCAGCCAUGUGCUAACGCCAGUGAAACUUUGCUUUCAUUGCUCCAGUCUCUCUGGCUGUAGGAGCUGAUUCUUCGUCCCUUCGUUUUACUUCCUUUUCUUUGUUCCGAAAUGGCUUCCUUCUUUCAGCCUGGGUCAUUGAAUCCUACCUUUGAUGACUGCAGUAACUCUAGGUUUAAAGUGUACUGCAACAGCAUCCUUCCGGAAAAUCAGAGAUUCGUCCAUACGUUCCAGUUGGUGAACAUCUCACUUGCUCUCAGCUCCUUCUUGGUACCUGUCUUAUUCUACUUCACGUAUUACAUCAUCACGUUUCUGUUGAAGGAUGGUCUCAAGUCACUGUGGACCUCAAAGGAGAAAAUUGACAAGACAGAUGGCUCGAGAGAUGACAGCAGGCCAGCGUUACAUAUGUUCCGCUCUAACAAAUCAUUCACCUUCCUAUCAGAACUCGAUGUCCAGUCGUCCAAUGGCUCAUAUCGGGAAUACGAUCUGGUGGUGCUGCCCCUCUAUAUGGGAGGAAGUGUCAGAGGUGAGCCUGGUGACUCACACUCAUCCAUAUGCACCGUGGAACACGUCGCCUCCAAGAUGAGUCUAGCGAAUAUUGACAUUGAUGCUUUUGGUCCGGACGCUCUCGAAGACUCACACAUCGAGGAAACGAUCGAUUUUCUCCUCAACAUUCAUCUUCGCAAUGAGCUGGCCGGAUUUGCGCUUCAAUACUCUAUUCCCAAGAAGCCCGGACAGGUAAAUUAUUUGUUGGAACGACUUUAUUCCUUGAAUAUUCCCGUGCUUCUCUCAUGCCAACAUGAUUCCGAAGCGCUGGAUUCCAUUAGUCUUACACACGCUUCGGGAUUGAUAAUUGAGAAUGCGUGCAUCCUUCCAAACGGGGAGCGUCGCGACUAUUUCAAGGCGAAGCGACUCCGUCAGAUUGUGGCCAGAGUCGGCACGGAGCGGGAACAGAGAGCUGACUUUUUCCUUGGCUUCUUUGACAAAUGGGACCGAAAACCCCAUCCAUCCGUAGUUCGUCGGGCAGCAAAGCUGGCUGAACACUUUGGCGCAGUGAUUGAGCAUGGACCAAAGGAUACGAGUGUGUUGCUGAAGGUCACAAACAGCUGCGCAACUCAGACGCUCAGUGGUUUCGAGUACCUGCGUCGACCAGAAAUUAUUGAGCUUCAAAAGUCUUGGACAUCUGAGGCCAGGAAGGUUUGGAUUCCCAACGGAUCGUCUGAUAGCAAAAUCGCACAGUUGCCUUUGGAAGACCUGGAUACAUUGAUUACUCGUGCUUCGGAGCUUUUGAAACACAAUCAAUUGGCUCCCGAACUCGAGUUGAUACGUACUCAAACGGUCAAACUUUACUCAUCACCCGAGUACGUCCAUCGCGCACCUCCUCGGGCAAGCUUUUGGGAUUCCUCCCACGAUGGCAAGAAAUUGUCAGCCCUGGGAUGCUUUCCAGUGACCUCAGAGCCCAGGGCACAACAUUAUCGGGCCGUUGUGGAGACUCAAGUCCAUCUCAGAAAGCUGAACAUGCUGCAUGCCGUCGAAGGAAACGAAGAGGAGAUAUUGCUGAAGACUUGGUCAACUCUAGCCAAGCGUGAAAAAUGUGACAGGGCCGUUCACGACCUCGUUUCAUUGGCCAAAUCUCGCCAAGUCCGCAUUUAUAAGGGUCUGGAUACUGGAUUUGGCCUUGCGGACGGCGAUGCUCACUUUUGGGGUGUUUCUCACGAGCGCAAUGAAGCCCAGGAGCGAUGUGUUGAUAUAUACAUUUCACAAAAGGCUCCCAAUGAUGCUGCUGCCAUUUUUCACACCUGGCUGGCGCAUCAAGGAACUCCCCGAGAACAACGAUUCGAGCAAGAAUUGGAGCUGGAACUAGCUGACAGACCCAAUGGCGGCUCGAGCGUGCCAUUGAGUAUCCGAACGGCGAUAGAAAGAGCGACAUACGCCGAAAUCCUUGGCUUGGUUCAAAAGUUGCGCGUGUCUCGCCUCAAUCACCCGAUUGGGGAUGGUAUCAAGAGCCUCUGCCAUUCUAUUCUGAUCAACGAGACCUCCAAAGCAUCAUGGAAACAAACAUGUGCUCAAAGAGUGCUAGAUGGCUCUUCAAGCAUAAAAGAUAUCCUCCGUAUGAGGUUGGAGCAUUACGUGCGACAGGGUGCAACAGAGCUGCCAUCUUUGGACAACUUGGUGACUCUCCAUGAUCUCACCAACGAAGCCGUUGAAGAUGCUCUUUUCUUUGGUGAACGGAAAACCCUCCGCUCACUGACCUCUGUUCUCUUGUCAGCUUAUGAUCCAUCCAAUCCAUCCAACGAUUGCGGUUAUGUCGACAUCAAUGCGGAGCUGUUCGCUCUCAUUUUCUUUAGCGUUCUCAGAAGGGCUGCAUUCGAAGAUGUCUACAUGGAGUCGACAGAUCGCUGCCCACUCUUUGCCUCACAGCCCGACCAAGCCGCCGUUUUCUGUGAGCUCUGGGCCCUUGGCUCGCAAUGUGAGGUGUACUUUGGUCUGCUCCCUCGGGACCUUGGCAAUAUUGUCUACAACAAGUACCGCACCUUUCUCGAAAGUUCCCCUCCAACUUCAGAGGACCGCAACGGUAACGAAAUUAUGACCAUGUACUCCAAGACCGACGCGACCCCUGCUCCUAAGGAUAGCAAUGAUUCUGCAUCUACCUCCGAGAAGCUUACCCGUCAUGAGACCGUUCAGCUCUGGAGAAAGAGACUUGCCGAAGCUGGUGCCAUGUCCAUCUUCUGCGUCCCGGCUAUUGUGGACAUCAUCCUGCUUACCUUUGUUGGGCGAGGUUUGUUUAUGACUGCCUUCAUGGACCCGGAACAUCUCGAGGCUGCUGGCUAUGCGUUGCUCCUCUCACUUCUGUUAACAGCUGGAGUCACGGGCUGGGUUGGCAGUACGGGAAACUACUAUGCCGCACACUAUGCGUACGAGAAUAUGGUAUACUUUCACGUCCAAAGACUCUCUGGCGGCUUCAUCCUUACUCUAGUCGUCGGCUUUGCCGGUCUUAUUCUUUUUUCCCUCCGCUUCUCAGUCGCCACUGGCUUCGUUUUCGUGGCAUUUCUUGUUUGCAUUACCACCUACUUUAACCUCUUGGGUGUUAUGAGUGCCAUGCAUCAACACGAGAGCCCAAUCCGAUCUGGUCGCAAUAUUCUUUUGAAGGUCAUGCCGAUACUGCUGAUUUCGCCCAUCGUCUCUACCUUUGUCAACGGCUAUGACAUGGUAAUCUACCUUCCUGUCAUGUAUACCUUUCUGUUCGUGACAUUAUAUAGAUUUCGAAGACUUUGUCACGAGUGGAUCAGCUGGAUGGACCGCAUCCCAAAGUUUACACACAAUGAUAUCGUUAAGUGGUAUCAAGCUCAGGAAGUCCCAGAGUUCCGUGAUGACGAGGAGAAGGGUGAGAAGAAAGACGAGGCUGCUAUGGCACAGGAAGCAUUCACCAUCGCUCUUGUUUCUCACCAGAGGCGAACCAGGGAAGCUCGAGUCUCCGGUGUCUUGGCCGAUCCCCUGGUGUCUCGUGUGGCAGAAGGAAUGCCGUACAUCGACUGGCUGUUGAAGAAGACAAUGCCCACAGGGAACCGCCCUGAUACCUUCAGUACUGCGUGGUUUACCUUGAUCGCCGAGUCAACCAACCAGCAACGUCAACUAUCGCGAGGUCUCAAGGAUCACAACCCCUUUAUCAUAUUCCGUCUCGCCCGCUUCGACAUUGGACAGAAUCUCGGGCUGUUCUUGGUUGCUCUCAUGGAUCGUUGGUUGAUGAUGGUGUGGAGCGCAGGAGGCCCAUAUCCCAGCAUUUACACCGAUCCUAGAUCCCGUUACGGCCUGUGUCUCUGCAUCGUGUACUUUUGCGUUGGCGCCAUGUUGUUGGACUCGACGCUACAUGAAUACUGGGCGCUGAAAGAUAACAUAUCUAAGGAGAAACUGCGUGAUUUGGAGCAUGCCCAGGAACUUGCGGCUAGGGCUGAGGCUUAUCGCCGUGUCUGCAUUUUCAAAGCUCUGACCGACAUCAUGGCCAAACUCUUCGUUACUUUUGGCAUGGCUACUUUGAUGCUCUACGUCUUUGUUGAUACCUUGGAGACGACUCUUAUUUAUUACAUGUAUGUCCUGGGAUACACAUGUGCCAUCGUAUUCCAGUUCAACAGAUGCUUCACCACAAACGUCAACGUCCAUAUUACCAUCAUUCUUUCCUCUGCCGCUAUCGGGUUCAUCGCUGGCUGCAUCUUACAUAUUGUUCCCGCCACGGCGCAGUCCCUGUAUACCGACGUUAUCGCGCAAAACAUAGCUUCGGUUUGCGGUGCCGCUGGAACGUCCCUUUGGAUCUGGAAGGAUUGGACAGCAGCCUCACGCUCGGAGUCCACUAGCAGCACUCGUCGAGAUGAGUCUAGUGUCCUUGUUCAGCGGAGGCUUGGGGCGGAAGUUUGUCCACCUUUCAAGACUCCGAGCACUACGACGCUCAAAGCCUUGAGUGGCUCAACGGUCCGGCAUAAUGACGGGAAUGUGACUUCCGAUAAGGUCUUGGAGCUAUUGCACCACAGCCUUGAAACCCAGCAUGGAGUUGCCACCGAUGUCCCUUGGUCUCUUGAGCUUCUUCAAACCACUUUGGAAAUGUGGUUGAGUCAAUCAGUCGUCGUCAAAAUCGCCAGCCGCGAGGAAUUUGUACGAGCAAGCUUGUCAGAUGUUACCUCCUUCAGCCGGAAAGAAGACAAUGUCCUUCAGGUGACGAUUGGCUUAAUAGGAGAAGCUGAAGUCGCUAGUCCCGCCUGGCACAGUUUCCUGAUGGCAGUGAUUGGCGAAUGUCUGCUGUACCACGUAGCACGUUCGCAACUGAAAGCCUCCCAUGCCAAAGCGAUCCAAGCUGAGCACUUGCUUCAUAAGACGGGGGUUUUAUCAAAGCGCAUCGAUAUGGAACUUGCCCUGGGAGAUGUACAACAUACGACACGACUCGUCCUCAAGACAGAAGCAGAGCUGAUGAGACACCUCUGCCUGGACGUCAACGUCAACUGUGAGUGGGAGAGGACCCCUCAGGUUGUUCGUGAAGCCAUUGUUCAUCGCAUUUCUGGUGAUGAUGUUGCUGUGUCCCCCGAGAUGACGCAGUGGGCAUUAGCGGGUGGCGUCGACCUGGAGACAUCGGACUUUCACAUCAACCUCACUCUUCAGGUGUUUCAGAAGUGCCAAGAAAGACUAGGCCAAAUUCCAAUCUUACCGAAUCAGGGGCUUGGAGUUGUACCGGAAUGCCCAGCUGAGUUGAGGCCUAUCAAUAUCGUUGGCAAACCAGAGCCCUCAGGAAUGCUCCAGGGUUUCUGGAAUGUACUGCUGGUAAUCCCACUGCAGUUUGUGAAAUGGGUUGCUAUCAUCUCCAGUGGGGGCUCCAACAUAGAGCGAGAGCUUGCUUAUUGUCUCGGAAAUGCACCCUUGAAAGAUGGCGCCAUCCGGAUCAUCCUUUUCAUCUGGAACAUUUGCCGAGCCAUGAAGAACAUGUGGCUUUAUUGGGUAUUGAUCUAUCAUCGACCCUCCCUUGUGGGCCUCAUGCGUAUUGCCCAAAAAGGCGCACGACGCAAAAUUCAGAACAACUCUAUCAUCGUCGAGAUGCCCCGGAAGGCUAUCACUGGAUUUGCCUCGAUCAAUGACAACGGGACAAUGACGCUGAGAAUAUAUUCCGGGACACUUCAAGAGCAACUAGCUGAUGAUGCACCGCUUUCCAUUGACACCUACGACGAUCAAGUCCGCCUCAAAGUCAGAGAGAAUAAGAAUGGUAGUAUUUCCACGUACGAGUAUGAUGAGAAUAUUUUUUCUCGUUGGCCACUCACCAAAAUGGUUUCUGAAAAGGACUUUUGCAGCGUUGGCUACUAUGAUGAGCGUGGCAGAGUAGUACGUGGAACUGUCAAACAUCAGGACAUAGUGUUUGCUUUCCACUUCCACUACAAGUCAGACAUGAAGGACAGUUGCGAUGUUCUACGAGCCGAUUUCACGCUAGCCAACUCAGAUUCCGACAACAUGUUAUCCGUAUUUUGGGGAACCCCUGUCGACCCUGAGGACUACAGCUGGGUUCCGUCUCAGAAGGUGGGACGCAUUGUCAGGAAGGUCGACAGCAAAAUAUAUACAAGCAUCUACGAGCACCUGCAUCGACGUGAUCCGAUCAUCACGACCUUUCUGGAUGACGGUGAUGGCCUUAGGACAGCCCUGGUCAAAGCUCCUGAGGUGUUUCCCCAGGAGUCUAUCUUCCUGAAGUAUCCAAAGGAUGUGUCGUUCGAUUAUGAUGAUCUCCUCAUAUACCAUGAGACAAAUCAGAUACGACAGAUGCAGCAGCAUGCUAUUAGGACUCGGAACGUUCUCUCGUCUCUUAACCCGGUUUCAUGGAUUGGGUUUUGGAACCGACGCAGGUACAGACGCGUACCGACCUGGCACAUCCGCACUGCGCUGUGGAACAACUGGCUUAAGAGUGGCAAACUCGAUGCUGUUACCGCCUGCUGGAUAGAUGAGCUCGUUCUUCGUGAGGAGCGUCUACUUCGCAAGUACUGGCAUGCGAGGGAUCGUGGCCGCCUGGACGACGCUCGCCGAGCUUUGGAUGAAAACAUCCAUCAAAUUGUAUCAGCUAUUGAUAUUGAGACAGAUGUGUCUGAGCUCUGUUUGCUUAGACUCAAGACUUCAGAUCUCUACGCCAUGGGCCUUAGCAAUGACGCUACACCGAUUACAGCCCGCCCUCAAGACUGUUUCAAGGACACAGAGGAUCGCGUUUCAAUCAUAUUUAAUGACAUUGGUUGCUGGCCAGUAGCACCUGGGGGUGUUUCCAACUGCCGACGUGAUCUGGUUAAUGGGCAUAGUACAAUCCGCAACCACGUCCUCGCGGAGUGUGCCAACGACUACGGCGUCCCGCGUUUCCAGAUUGAGAAGAAUGUACAAUCGCUCAAGCUGUUACCACUCUGGGGCAUUGACGGCGGCACAGCAAAUCAUGGUGUCAUUGAUAACCUCCUCGAGUCUCAGGUUGAUGAGAAGAUAGCUAACACUCAAGUCCAACGGGAUAUUAUCGAUACCUUUCUGCCGCUCCUCACAGAAUUUGUUAAAGGAGCUCGCACAAAACAUCUCUCCCGCGCCGACCUUAUCAAGUACGGCAACGUUAUUCUAUCCAUGGCCAAGUACUAUGAAUAUAAGGAUUAUUCUUCCACCUGGACAUCACUGCAUCUCGAGGAAGGGUGGGUGGCGGCUUGGCUGAAGGAGUAUGACGACCCUAAUAUCGCCAGCCCAUCCCAGUGCUUCGAAAUCGAGCGACCCAGUAUCCCUGAUUUCCGCGAUGCUCUCGGUAUCUUUCGCGCUUACUUCUUCAUUUUCGCGGUUCAGGUGCCUGAUGAGUGUCCUCGUGCGUUCCAAAGCACUCAUCAUGGUAUAAGUAGUCUCUUUGGCCUAAUACUCAAAUAUCGCCGUGGCGCUCACUUCAGCAUCUGGGACCAUGCCAUCCUUUGGCGAGAGACCUGCCUGAAUAUCAGCCCUGCUCAAUGUGAGCUCCCCGUUGCAGUGCAGUCGAUGCUACUUGCUGGUGUUGGUCUUGCUACACGCCUCGCUUAUUUUCAUGCCGAUGUGAUUUCGCCCUGUGCGUCACUUUUCAACCCUAUGUGGGAAAUUGAAAUUGGUACAGACAAAGGUACCGUUGGUAAUCGAAACAUGUUUAGUCGCAAGAUCGACCCAAUCGUCAACGGCAUCAGCAACAUGGAGUCCUUCACUCCUGUCGAUAAAAUCCGCACUUACAAGCCCACUGUUGUCAUGCUGUCCAACGUACAGGUAAUCAAGGGCGUCAAGGUGGCCGCCCAGGCCGCUGAAAUCAUAAUCAACCGCUUUGGCUUUACCGACUACCAGCUGGUCAUAUAUGGCGCAAAGGACCGCCAGCCAGCCUACGCGCUGGAGAUGGAGAAGUUCAUCGUGGAUAACAACCUUUCGGACAAGGUUAUCCUAGCGGGAUUUGGCGACCCAAAGGAAGUCUUGAAGGACGCGUGGCUGUUCAUGAACUCGUCCAUCUCUGAAGGUUUGCCGCUAGCCAUUGGCGAGGCAGCUUUGGCCGGUGUUCCUAUUGUCGCCACCGAGGUCGGCGCCACGGCUUUGGUUUUGACGGACCCGAAGAACCCCGAACAACAAUAUGGAGAGGUCGUACCUCCCAAUGAUCCUCUUGCCUUGGCCCGUGCCCAGAUCAGUAUGCUAAGUAUGGUUGGACGGUGGAGUCAGUUUACAGAUGAAGCUGGGAGCCAGAAUAGUGUUCCCGAGUUGCCCGAUGACAUUACCCCUGAGGACGUUGACUGGCUCACUGAGCGUUUUUACAGCAAGAGCGAGUAUCGCCGGACGCUCGGUAUGAUUUCUCGUCAGACCGUCCUACACAGCUUUCACGGCAGCCGAUAUCUACGGGAGCAUGAACAAAUGUAUUGGAUCCAGUGGCAUCAGAGUGGGAUGAGGGCAGAGGAGAGGCUCCGAGCCUUAUCCCAUCGACGCUUCAAAUUUGGCAAUCCACUACCACUCCGGUACACAGAGGACGAUGCCAACAUGGCAGUUGAGAACGUGAAGCCUGGGAGGAAACGGUCAAAAUCAACUGCGCUUAAAGAAGCAGAGGAUACUUUUGCGGCUGGAGUGAAAAACGGGUUUAGUCUUAGCAUGCUUGUGACCCCUGUGUAGGGGACAUGGUAAGCCUGUUCCAGCAUGUAUGACAG